AUGGCUGUUCGCUUGCUGGAUUAUGCCUUUAGUGGCAAUUUGCGCAAAGUAAAGCGAUGUAUAAACAGUGGAGUUGACGUGGAUGCUUGUGAAAGUUCUGGGAAUUCAGCUCUUUAUCACGCUGUUAGUAGAAAUCAACAUAAGUGCGUGAAAUAUCUUUUGAGUUGUCGAGCAGACCCUAACAGGAUUAACAAAGAGGGUUACUCUCCAGUGAACGAAGCCUGCUUUAAAAACAACGUGAAAUGUUUAGCUCUGUUGGUUCAAUAUGGAGGUUCACUAGAUCAGCUUUCCGCUGAUCACAAAGAAAGUGCGAUUGUGUCUGCUUACAAAAAGCACAGCACAAAAGUUAUCAGAUUCAUAAACCUGUUAAAGGAUGAAGCCCUCACCAAAGACGGGCAUGACUUACUUGAAUUAGAAGCUGAGCACAAACAAAAGGUAGUGUUUCCAUAA